AUGGUCAGCUCCUGUUGUGGCUCUGUCUGCUCUGAGGAGGGCUGUGGCCAAGGCUGCUGCCAGCCUAGCUGCUGCCAGACCACCUGCUGUAGGACCACCUGCUGCCGCCCCAGCUGCUGUGUGUCCAGCUGCUGCAGGCCCAGCUGCUGUGUGUCCAGCUGCUGCAGGCCCAGCUGCUGUGUGUCCAGCUGCUGCAGACCCCAGUGCUGCCAGUCUGUGUGCUGCCAGCCCACCUGCUGCCGCCCUAGCUGCUGUCGCCCCAGCUGCUGCAUUUCUAGCUGCUGCAGACCUUCUUGCUGCCGCCCUAGCUGCUGUGUGUCCAGCUGCUGUCGCCCCAGCUGCUGCAUUUCUAGCUGCUGCAGGCCUUCCUGCUGCCGCCCUAGCUGCUGUGUGUCCAGCUGCUGCAGGCCCUCUUGCUGCAUCUCUAGCUGCUGCCGUCCAUGCUGUGGUAGUUCUAGCUGUUGUGGAUCCAGCUGCUGCCGUCCCACCUGUUGCAUUUCUAGUUGCUGCAGGCCUUCCUGCUGCCGCCCCAGCUGCUGUGUUUCCAGUUGCUGCAGGCCCCAGUGCUGCAUCUCCAGCUGCUGCCGCCCCACCUGCUGCCAGACCACCUGCUGCCGCCCAGCAUGCUCUAGUGGUUCUUGCUGCUGA